CCGUGGGCACUGCAACGGAGCUCAAUAUUGACUCAAAGUUUUAUUAGCUCCGGACGUGUCCGCUUGCAUACAAUCGGAAUCCGUAAGCUGUUAGUUCCUCUCAGGCUGCUGCAUUGUCUUCGAAGAACUGCAGCUUUGCACUCCAACUUUUCCAAGAAAAACCGGAAGAAAAGUCACUGUCUCUUCGUGACUUUCGAGCACAAUCUAUCUAUCGGUCCGAAGAUUCGCAUGAGGAAUUAAGAACUUGCCUCCUACCAUUUACGGGAAACAAGUUUCCGACAUCGUCUUCUUACGUACUCACAACCAUGACGAGCUCGAGCGCGCUGGUUUCACUUCUAAGCUUGCUGGCGGCUCUGAUGAUCUCCGUCGCCCAAGGAGCGUGCACCACAUUGUUGACAACAGAGGAUGCGCAGUACGUCUUUGUUCCCAAAGGUUUGGACCCGGGGCUCUAUCCUCCGCAGGGAAAUGUGCCCAUAGCACAGCUGUUCGCAGUGGGUGCCCAACAUUACACUGCCAACGGCACGGCCUGGGUCCUGACGAACGCCACGGCUGAUCUCUUCAAUUCGCGCUUCGAGAAGGUUGGCGUCCAUUUCUACCUGCCGCAAGUUGACCCCAUGGGCGGUCAGCCUUCGUGGAAGACAACGAGCCCUCCAAGUCUCGUCACCGCCAAGCGCCUAUUCACCGUGCAGGUUCACACCAACAGCAUCGCCUGGGCACUUCUGAAGGCUACCAGUUCCGAAGAUUCGUGCGGCUUAUUUGGCGAUGUUACUUACGUUCAAAGGCUGUUCACACUGAACGGCCUACCUCCUUCUACUGCGCCCACGAAGAUUAAUGCUACCUUCAGCUCGUCCUACACAUCGUUCUACGUGUUCUAUAAGCAGCUGUAGACGAAGACGGGUCAUGAGGCGGAACGGCUGUUGGAGAUGGAGGAUCCUCGGCAUAAGUCUCAACGCCAGGAUAACAAAUGUUCUGUUGCUCUACGCAGGAGCGGCCCAUGACCUGCACGAAGGUUGCGAUAAUUGGAUUGCAAGGGAAAUCUAAUUCACUUGCGAGGUGUGAGAUGUCCGACGUCGAAGGCUCUCACCCAUUUUUGUGGAGCAGAUAUAUUUGACGGAUAGAUCGUAUUCGAAUCGGAUAAAUUUUAUGGGGUGGUGAUUCUCUUCGUAUCUGAAACCUGAACAGAUUGAUUCUAUGGAACUGGGUGCUCAUUCAAAAGAUCCAUCGCGCUUUGAAGCAAUCGUAAGUAGUCAAAAUCUUUAUAAAAGACAUGUAGAGCAUAAAUGUCAAAAUCCACCGAUUUACAAUAUCACCUGGGAACGCACGGGGAUUUCAUUACGAGGAUUCUUCGUGCUUUGAAUAGGAUUAGUGAAGGCUCAGGAUGUAACACGUACAUGCACAGAUAGAAUGAACGAAACUGCAUUAUAAGGAGUGUUGGAUUUUUCAGACUUAUGCAAUAAAUGUGAAGUGCCCCA